AUGGAUCCACUUUUAGAUCUGUUUUCCUUUGUCGAUAAACCAUCAGAGAUUCCUUAUACACCACGGAAAAGAAAAAGCAAGAAAAGAAGAACCAAAGAAAGAGCAAAAAACAGGCCUGACAGUGGUAACAAUGGUCAUGAAAGGAAAGCAAAAGCGGAAAAGAAAAGUUCUCAACCACCGCAGCCAGCCACUCAUCCAUAGUGAGCAGUUGUGUAUUUCAUUUAAUUCAUAAACACCUUUCAAACAUCUCCCUGGUACGUAUUUUUGUUUUGAGCCUUUCAUAAAUUGUAUCUGGCUCCAAAGGACGGAAGUCAUUAGCUUCAAUCACGAUGUGAACACAAGUUUGAACUCCUCUAUGAAAAUCUUCUGGAUCUGCUUCUGAGUUCUCUCGAUCAUUUUCAAUACAUACAAAGAGACCAAAACAUUAUAUUUUUGACCCAGCGGUAUUGUGGUUUUUUCACUAACUAGACUUCUUUUAGUAUCUUUUAUUUUUUGUAUAUCCCCAAACUGUAUUGAUUUCUUUUUUAGUAUUCUUUCGAUUUAUGCCAUUUUUGUAUGUGUUCAUGUUUGUAAAUAUUAGAUAUAAAUAACCCCGAUGGACUAUUUAUUUCACUGCUCGCUCAGUUAUUUUUAUCCUAUUCAUGGGGUUGCUUGUUUUCAUGAUAGUCGAAGCGAUGAAGAUACAACCCGUGAGAUCAUGGCAGACGCUAUCAGAUCAGCCAAGCAGAGAAUAGCCAAAGCUGCAUCUUAUAUGGAGCACAUUGCUCCAUUUCUGUUUUCCGUUAUCAACAAACCAUCGGAAGAUCCUACCAAUAGCAAAGAAAGGGCAGAUAACACGCUUGACAAUACUAACAACGAUUAUGGAAGGAACGCAAAGAUAAAAAACAAAAGUCCUCUACCAGCGCUCCUCGUCACUGCUCCAACACUGUAUGAUGGCUCUUUAGGAUGCAGUGAAAAAAGUGAUAUGCCGCCUCUUGGCUCUGGAACAUCUGCAGGUCAACUCACUGCACCUGAAAAAGAGAUUUCUCUUGAAAGGGAGAAAAAUACCUCUGACUUAGACGAGGAUACAGAACAAAUAUUUACUUUCCUCAGGGAGCUCGAGAAUGAUCCGGAGAAGAAGCAAUUAGUUUGAAUAAUGUCAUGGACAAAAGCAAACUUUGUUCACGCGGAAAUGUAUGUAACUUAGUAUAAUUAUCAUUUGUUCAUUGCUUGCAGGAGUUAAUUGUGUGGCUCAAAAAUCAAAAUUUGACUAAAACCCAAAUCUUCUUGAAUGGAAAACUCGCUCUUUUAUACUCAGUUAAGUCCCCUAAACGCUGGAAAUCGCUUAUUAGAGCUUUGCAAUUUUAAAAUUUUCUGAGGGAGCAUGCCCCCAGACACCCCUUGAAAACCUGGACUGUUGAUACAGUCGGUUACUCUAUUCAAUUCUGCUGGCUACUUCAAUUUUUAUCGAAACUCCUGCUAAGUAUUUUUUUUUCUUUUACGUAGAACACAAAACGAGCUGGUAAUUAUUACGAAGACCGCCCCUGGAAGAUUGUUGUCAAAAAUGUAAGUUGGCAUUUACUUUACAUCAUAAAAUAUGAAUUGUAAGUGCGGCCACACUAGAGAGGUCUUUUCCAAAGCUUCCUAUAGGCAAAUAGCUUGAGCUAGGUCGACCGGUUCGUUCUGGGUUUUGAUCACUUUCAUGUUUGCGGUAAUACAGAUAUAAAUUGUGCAAGGGGGAAAAGCAUUUGAACCUCCCUUCCAGUUCAAUGUGUAAUACAACGACCAGGAAGGAGUAGGGAGUCAUGGAUGAGAGGACAAAAGAUCCCGGGAGGGGGACUCCGCAUAUGAAACGGGUGGGGAUGCUCGUCGGAAAUUUUGAAUUAAACCUCUAAAGGAGACCGAUCAGGGCGUCGCCUAAGCUUUUUUGACCCCUAAAAGAGACCAUGUUAAAACACAGACAAAUGAGGAAAGUUGGAUUACAUGGGUGGAGUAAAUAAAACGCAUUAAAAAUAUACAUAUCAAAUAUGAUAUAUUUUUUAAUGUUUUUUCGCGUGCAACCCUAAACGAGACCUUCACGGCUAAAUAUGUUGGCGUUUUGCCCAGAACACCCUAAGUGAGACCAAAAUCCGAAAUUUACACCCCUAAGCGAGACGACGAGCAUCCCAACCCAUUUCAUGUGCGGAGUUCCCCCCGGGCAAAAGAUGUGCCCUCUUACAAUAAAUAUUAACGUGUGAACAGUAAACUCAGACGUCAGCAUACAAAGGUGCCACUGGCAGCCGCUCUCAGUCACGGUUUAUGAGCUUACUGUACCCAACCCAACCCGUGAUGUGACUGAUUGUGAAAGUUGGCCACACCACCGGGGUCUGUCUACAUCCCCUACUCUUUUCGAACAGUGUUGUGGGUUCUUUUACGUCCCACAAGAACCAGGUAAGUGUAAGUGCUGUGAGACGGGACCUACUACGGUUUUUCGUCCUUAUCCGAGAAGACCAGAAGUCUAACCGUUUUUAGACGUCAUUACAAAGGAAGCUCUUUUUUCUCAGUUAGUUAACGACCAUGAGUGUUGGUCCGGCCGGGCUUCGAACCCACGACCUCCCGAUCAGCAUACCGGCCCUCUCUCAACUGGGCUGCGGAUAUAAAUCGUAAACGGUUUCGACCAUUUUUACCCAGAUCUUGAUCAAAUCGCGGUAAGAGGGGGGUAAGAGCGACUCAGUCCUUAAUUUUGAGACUAAAAAGUUAAGAUGUCGACUUCAUUCGCGCUUAAAAGAAAAUAGUCGGUCAGAAGUCAAAAGUAUACGGUUUUCUACUGACAUUUUCUUUGAGAUGUAACUCCCUUAUUAACUAUAUUUGUUGCUAUUGUUUUGACCAUGUUUCUCUGUCUUACGUGCAGGAGUGUAAAGAUGGGAGGCGCCAGCUUAUUUUUACUGGCUGCAUUGAUCUAGCGGAUUAUAUCAGCGAGACAAACAAAACAUUUGACAUGACUGUCACAUUAAAACCAGCAAUGAAGAAUGUUCUAUCAGGAACAAUUGAGUUCAACUUAACCAUAAUACCAUAGUGAGUAUUAUGUAAUACUUGUUGUGAGUAGUAACUUUCAAAAUGUCCUCUCCCAGCAUCUUCUACAUUUUGAGGGAGCAUAAACUAUUAAGGAGACAAUGAACCAAAAGUGAGGGUCACUGUGAAUAUUUUUGAGUGAUGGAACUACCGACAGGAAGAUGCCUUCAGAUUAAACUGGGUUGUCGAGAACUCGCGUUCGGCCGUCAAAAACGAAGAUAAAACGCCAUCUACGCAGGCUCAGAAAGAAUGACUUGAUCCAGUAAGCUACAAAGUUUUGACAAUCUAGCUUGUGGGCGCAAUUUCGUAUUUCGUAUUAUCCUCCUGGGUCAGCAGUUGCACCAGAAUUUCAACUGUUACUAAAAUUCCACAGCCCAAAAGCUGUUUCAAUGAGUAACCGGGAUUUAAGUAAUCCAGAUUCGGCUCUAAAUAAAUUCACGAGACUGAAAAUAUUUUCUGAGCAAUAACUUGAACUUAACUGAUACAUUAAUAUGUAACUGCAGCCAGGAAGGGUAUAUGUGUAUAUGCACAAGUUUGGACUCAUCCUUAAAAAUCUGCUGGAUCGGCAUCUGAAGUGCCAACUAGUUUUACCAGUGUUAUAACUUGUUAGAUUUUUUUUGCAGUUUUUUUUAUUUUCUUUUUACCCCUGACAUGCCUGAAACCUUUUUACUCUACAGUAUUUUGCCUAAUCUUUUUGCGUUUGUUUGUAUUUGAUUCAAGAAUUUGAUCAAUAACCCCUCUGGACUAGUACAUGCACAUGUUCCCCGCUCGCUCUAUUUCGUUUCUAAUUCAUGUGCUGCUUGUGUUUAUCGCAGUCCAAGCGAUGAGGAAAUCAUGGCAGACACUUUUAAAUCUGCCAAUUUGAGGAUUGUCAAAAAUGUUUCUUCCAGGGGGCACAUGGAUCCACUUUUAGUUCUGUUUUCCUUUGUCGAUAAACCAUCAGAGAUUCCUUAUACACCACGGAAAAGAAAAAACAAGAAAAGAAGAACCAAAGAAAGAGCAAAAAACAGGGCUGACAGUGGUAACAAUGGUCAUGAAAGGAAAGCAAAAGUGGAAAAGAAAAGUUCUCAACCACCGCAGCCAGCCACUCAUCCAUAGUGAGCAGUUGUGUAUUUCAUUUAAUUCAUAAACACCUUUGAAACAUCUCCCUAGUACGUAUUUUUGUUUUGAGCCUUUCAUAAAGUGUAUCUGGCUCCAAAGGACGGAAGUCAUUAGCUUCAAUCACAAUGUGCACACAAGUUUGAACUCCUCUAUGAAAAUCUCCUGGAUCUGCUUCUGAGUUCUCUCGAUCAUUUUCAAUAAAUACAAAGAGACCAAAACAUAGUCUAAACAUUAUAUUUUUGACCCAGCGGUAUUGUGAUUUUGUCACUAACUAGACUUAUUUUAGUAUCUUUUAUUUUUUGUAUAUCCCCAAACUGUAUUGAUUUCUUUUUUAGUAUUCUUUCGAUGCCAUUUUUGUAUGUGUUCAUGUUUGUAAAUAUUAGAUAUAAAUAACCCCGAUGGACUAUUUAUUUCACUGCUCGCUCGGCUAUUUUUAUCCUAUUCAUGGGGUUGCUUGUUUUCAUCAUAGUCGAAGCGAUGAAGAUACAACCCAUGAGAUCAUGGCAGACGCUAUCAGAUCAGCCAAGCAGAGAAUAGCCAAAGCUGCAUCUUAUAUGGAGCACAUUGAUCCAUUUCCGUUUUCCGUUAUCAACAAGCCAUCAGAAGAUCCUACCACUAGUAAAGAACGGGCAGAUAACACGCUUGACAAUGCUAACAACGAUUAUGGAAGGAACGCAAAGAUAAAAAACAAAAGUCCUAUACCAGCGCUCCUCGCCACUGCUCUAACACUGUAUGAUGGCUCUUUAGGAUGCGGUGAAAAAAGUGAUAUGCCGCCUCAUGGCUCUGGAACAUCUGCAGGUCAACUCACUGCACCUGAAAAAGAGAUUUCUCUUGAAAGGGAGAAAAAUACCUCUGACUUAGACGAGGAUACAGAACAAAUAUUUACUUUCCUCAGGGAGCUCGAGAAUGGUUCAGAACAAGGUAGAGUAACAAACCAAAAACAAAAUGAAAUCUUUGUAGAAAAGCGCACAGCGAGUAUAAAGGUGAGCAUUACUUCCUACCAGCAUCUUGCAUCUAAAUUCUAACAGCUCAGCAAAUUUUUCCUUUUUCUUUGUUUGGAGCCAAGGCACUUACUUAAUGGGAUCGUAAGUUGAACAGGCCCAUAGCCAGACUUUCCGCAAUAGACCCGACGAGAUUUGCAAUCGCCAUAGCCUGUUACAGUCUGCAAAAAAUGAUGCGGGAAACGAGUGGGACCUGAUUUUGCACGUGUUAUUUUUGCCUCGUUCCUACUAUCUGACAACCUGGCACAAGCUACAAAUAGCCGAAGCCGCCAGCUCCUUUGUGAGGAAAAUCUGAUAGGAAGCUCCAAGAAAAAAAUUGAAACUUAAACGCUAUUUUUAGCAUUUGUAAAUAUAAUUCAUUGGUUAAUCAGCUUCUGAACACUCAAAAACCAUUUAAAAAGAUUCUCUGUCAAUUUCAGCCGUGUCUGUGAAUUACCCUGAACUGUCAUCUUAUGUAAGCGAGGAGACGAAGUCACUCCAGGAAGAAAUUGCUUCUCUGAGAAAAGUAACAGUCAAGCUAGAAUCUGA